AUGACUGGGAGUAUCAAGGGAUUUGUUACACUGGCUAAAAUAAAAAAUCCAUUAAUCGUUAAGACCCACUGUUUCAUCCACAGAGAAGUGCUGAUGACAAAAACGUUGGGUAGUGAACUCAAUUCUGUUCUGAGUAAUUCCGUUCGUAUGGUCAACUACAUUAAAGGAAAGCCCCUAAAAAGUAGAAUUUUUGCCGAAAUUUGUGAAUCAAUGGAUGCUGAUUUCACAAAUUUGUUGUACCAUACCGAAGUGAGGUGGUUAUCCAGAGGAAAGGUUCUGUUACGUCUCUAUGAAUUGAAAGAGGAACUUUUGCUGUUUUUCAUGGAAGAGGAGAACAAUGAAUUUACAUGUUAUUUGGAAUACCACGACUGGAUAUCAAAAUUCGCAUACUUGGCUGAUAUUUUUCAAUAUCUUAACCAGGUUAAUUCUAGUUUGCAAGGACCAUCAGAAAAUAUUUUAACUUCCACCGACAAAAUUUCAGCCUUUCAAGAAAAAAUGUCCGUGUGGUGUGCAAACUUGGAUAAAGGAAAUACAACUAUGUUUCCACUGUUUACGGGCCAGGAAAACUCCAGUCCUACCGUUCUAAAAAUCAUACGAAGUCACUUACAGACUUUACAAAUGUCUAUGAAACAUUAUUUUCCAGACUUAAACGUUGAACACUACGACUGGAUUCGGAACCCUUUUACUUCCAUGGUACAAACAGAUGACUGUGAGGUACAACAGGAAGCAGUGGAAUUGAAGAACGACCGAACGCUUCUAGUUAAGUUUAAUGAGGUCACGCUAGACAGCUUUUGGGUGGCUCUUAACAAUGAAUACCCUCGAUUAUCGAAAAAGGCUAUUGAAGUGCUCCUUCAGUUUUCUACGUCUUGGUUAUGUGAGCAUGGCUUUAGUGCACUAACAAAUAUAAAAACAAAAAUCGCAACAGACUCACAAAAACAACUAUAG